UUUCCAAUUAACUCUUGAAAGAUGAGAGGUAUCGACAAUGUUGCAAACCGUGCUUAACUUGUACUUAACAUUUACGAUUAUAUUUUGGUAAGAGCUAAGUUCUCUAAUCUCUAAAUUUUCAAACCUAAACUUCUAAUUUCUUAACACAAAUCUAGCUCAAACCUACCAUAAAACUGACUGAAACUUCCAGAUACCUUAAAUAACGGAACCAAUGAUGCGGAAUACUCGAGCCCAGAGGAAGAAAUUGUCAGGAAUAUGCUAUUAAGAUUGUAGACCGUGUCUCGAUCAUAGGCCGUUGACUACGGGAGCGUAAUUCCGAAUGGUUUUGGGUCACCUGACCGAUCGAUGACCUGUUUCAUCUAUCAUUCAAAUAUGAAAUCUGGGAAGAUGAGCGUAGUCCGUAUCCCGGUGUUACGCCGUUGUCCAGAGGUUGGCGUACGUCGACAGGGCCGUAGAAUUCUAGAAGGGGGUCAUCAUACGAGGCCGGCACCGUCGAACGCACCGAGCCAGGACAGUGUACGAACGUCAUUCGGCGCGGACUGAGCGGCGAAAGGCGCGUUACUUUGCGAACGUGCGAGAAAAUCAUAGUGCGAGAAGAGCAAUUCGAGGGAGAUCGAGGAUUAUAAUUGUCUGCGCGUUUCUUCGCGUCUGGAUUACUGAAAUCAAAAUAUAGCGGCCGAUUAAAAAAUCACUUGAUGCGCUGAGGAUGCGCCGUGAUUUCUGCAACGGUGGGCUUGCCUGCGCCGUUGUGUGGGUGUCAUCGACCUGUCUGCUACUAUCCUUGUCGUCAUCGGUCACAGCAGAACCGCCGCUGAAAACGGUAGGUCGAUGCCCAUCCUUCGAGGAGCAGAACAUAUGUCCAGCAAGGGCGCCAUCCUGCGAAAAUGACUUCCAGUGUCGAGCGUCUGGCGAGCGUUGCUGUAAGACAUCCUGCGGUACCAAAUGCGUCGUUGGAGAGCUGACAGGAUGCGAACAGUUAGCGCAGGCGGCCAUAAGGAGAUCACGCGCCCUCGGCCCUCGUGGAUCCACGCAGUUCAUACCAAAGUGCAACAACGAGACGGGCGAGUUCGAGAGGAUACAGUGCCAUCCGCGCGAGAACAGCUGCUGGUGCGUGGACGAAAUCGGCGCCGAGGUCCCCGGCACCAGGGGACCCUCCAAGGACGUGAUCGAUUGCGACAAUCCUCGAAAAUGUCCGGCUCACAGUUGUCGAAUGUUGUGUCCGCUGGGCUUCGAGAUCGAGGCUAAAACUGGCUGCCCUAAAUGCGAGUGUCGGGAUCCUUGCCGCGGCAUCAUAUGUCCAGGGACCAGUCAAACAUGCGAGUUGAUUGAUGUAACGUGUGCUCGUCCACCGUGUCCGCCAAUUCCCAGCUGUCGUAAAGCGAAAUCCCUGUCGACGAUAUGCCCGGCCGGUGAACCGUUGCAAAUCACGGAUUCGCCGAGGCCAUUUCUCUGCGGGGACUCGCCCGGGAAACCGACGUGUCCACCGAUGUACAGCUGCCUCGUGGAACCGAAACAGGAGUACGGAGUCUGUUGUCCUUCGAGCAUAAAUCUGAAGCGUCCGGGAACGUGUCCGUUAGAGGAACCAGCAAUCUGCGGGAACUCGUGUCAGCAUGAUUUAGAGUGUCCUGACCCACAGAAAUGCUGCGCGAGCGAGAAAUGCGGAGGAGGUGUUUGCUCUAUACCUCAGGGUCUUAGCGCUUGCCAUCGGGAUCGGGUGUUGGCCGAAAUGCUCAGCAUAUCGGAGAGGCAAGGUCGUGGAUAUGUUCCUCAGUGUACAAAAGACGGUGGUUAUGAGUCCAAACAAUGUUCGAGGAACGGCUUGGUUUGUUGGUGCGUGGAUAACAAUGGUCGGAAAAUAUCCGGUUCCAUGGGACCGGCAGAGAAAGUCGAUUGUAAGUCGAUAAUGAAGGGGAGGUCUCUUCCGGCAUCCUGCGUUUCCCAACAGUGCGCUCAAGUUUGUCAGUACGGGUUCAAAACCGACGCUUCCGGAUGUCCAACUUGCGAAUGCGAUAAUCCUUGCGAAGGGUUUCCUUGUCCAGUAGGAGAGGAGUGUGUACUCAACCGAGAAGAGGGAUGUCCAGACUUCCUUUGUCCAACCAGGCCAGAAUGCAAACCGAAGAAAACUUAUAAGAGCCCUUGCGUCUACGGAACUCCUUUGAUGGACGACGAACGCAAUGCGGUAACUUGCUCCGAGAACGACACUUGCCCUCAGGGCUACAAGUGUACAGCCGUACCUGAAGCUGGACAGUCAGUGUGCUGUAUGAUAUCUGCGAAUUCGACUAAACCGCAAACUAUGUGCGAAUAUUUGCGAGAGUUCAACGAUCGUAUGGAAGGAACAAGGGAGGACAUGUCGCUAGCGAUACCACCGCCCGAAUGUGAGAAGGAUGGCAGCUACAAACCUUUACAAUGUCACAACGGUACCUGUUCCUGCGUGAACGAUCGCGGUGUCGUAUUAAAAACUGACGUGAAUCGCAGCACCGAUUGCAACGAGAUAAAGGAUCUUCUAAAACUAUGCGGAUCUCCGUCCUGCGAUUUGGAUUGUCCUUACGGCUACGAAGUAGAUCCGACUGGUUGCGAACAAUGUCGUUGUCACGAUCCUUGUAAAGAUGUGUCUUGUGGUGCUCACGAAACUUGCACGAUGGUCGACGUGAACUGUGGAUCCGGGCAACAUUGUCCCGCGGUUCCAGCCUGUUUGGCCAUGAAGCCAGGACAGUGUCCGUACUUAGUCCCCAGCUCCUCCAGCUGCGAAUUGCAAUGCAACAAUGAUCAGGAAUGUUCAGCAACGGAGAAAUGCUGCUCCACCGGCUGUGGAACGCAGUGUGUGGCUCCCGUAAUGGCUACCGCGUGUCAGCACGCGCGAGCGGUGGCGGAACACGCGGCUAGGGAAUCCGGAGAGCCGGCCAGAAGGAUCUACAUUCCCAGAUGCGACGCCAGUGGAGCGUUCGAGCCAGUCCAGUGUCACAACGGAAUGUGCUGGUGCGUGGACAAGGAAGGCAGAGAAGCUGCGGGCACGCGCGUUCUCGAAGGCAUAGUACCAAAGUGUAACACGCCACUGCUAUGUCCAGAAAUUGACUGCAAACUGGACUGCCCCGAAGGAUUCGAGUUGGAUCCAGACACCGGUUGUCCAACGUGUUCCUGUCGGGAUCCGUGCAAGAGCGUAACGUGUCGGGGCGAAAACGAGGCUUGCAGAAUGGUCGAAGUAGCCUGCAGCAUACCACCGUGUCCUCCUGUGCCGGUGUGUUUACCGAAGAAGGACAAUCCGUGUCCCAAUGGGUCUCCGCUAUUGAAUCCAGACGGAUCGCCCGCUACUUGUGGCCCACACGGUCACCAUUGUCCCUCCACCCACAAAUGCGAGUUGUCUCCUUUGAACGAAUACGCCGUGUGUUGUCCAAAGCCUCGUGAGGUUUGUUUCGAACCACCUCGAAAGGUGUCUUGCAAUCUGGGAAUAGGUAUGAACGACACGGAGAGAUGGUACUUCGAUCCGGAACGCAACGAAUGCAGGAGGCAAACGGAAUGCACUCUCGGUCACAAUGAUUUCUCCAGUCGUCUGGUGUGCGACACUGUUUGCCCCGUGUUGUCGCAGUGCGAGAGACUGCGAGAGAAGAACUUGAAAACGUCACAGAGAUUAAAACAGCCAACGUUCCUGCCCAGAUGUGACCCAGAGAACGGCAUGUGGGAACCUGUACAAUGUUUAGAACACGUUGGCGUGUGCUGGUGUGUCAACAGAAAGGGUCAACCGGUGAAGGGUUCGCUUACCAGAGGACCAGAACCCAAGUGUAACUUCAGACAAGCCAGACGGGGAGGCAGAGGACCAGCCGUUCAAGAAAUCGACCGUGAAAUUCAGGCAUUCAUGGAGAAUGCUCUGAUAAACUUAGAAACCGACGAGAAGCAAAUCGGGAAGGUAUUGGGUACUCGGUGUCGGGCGAUGAAGGACAGAGGACACGUCCCGGCCAUUUGCGAUCGUCAGGGCAGGUUCGAGCCGACCCAGUGCGCCGGCGACACGUGUUGGUGCGUCGACGAGGCGGGAAAUCAGCUGAUCGGUUCCGAGCCCUUCCUGAAAGGAACGAACAUAUGCUUGCCAACUCCAGUAGAAGCUGUCGAAGUCACUCUACGUUUUCCCGGUCGCUUCUUAGCCGACGACCAGGCCACCUUCGUGAGACAGGCCAAGGAUCUCCUGCACGACCUUGGUGCCAGAAUGAAGAACGACAUACGCGUGGAAAUCAAUCAAGAUUCGGCUAUACUCAGUUUCGAAAUAAUAGGACCCAACAAGGUUGACGUAGCCUUCCAUCUGGAGGAAUUAACUCGGAUCCAAAAGCUAACCAUGUUGGGAUCGUUUGCGGAUGCAACUACGUCCCGUUUCACGCACAGGUCGACUCCGAUGGCCAUGCAAAGCCGGAUCGUAGCGUUGGAACAACGGGAAAUCCUUACGGAAGUAGAAGCUCCUGUUUAUCAAACAGCCACUCUGGUUCUGGCUGCAGGAAGCGCUUUUAUAAUCAGUAGUUUAUUGAUUCUAUUAAUGUUGUACCGUAAAAAAAUGAAAAUGAAGGAUCCGUCAAAAUCGUUAGCAUCGGACCAACAUUUCCUCGCGUACCAACAACCUGUCUAUGUGAUAUCAGGAGUAGAACAGGACGAGAAGAAGAAGGAUGUUCUUGAAACGCAAGAGAGCGCAACGUCAGACGUGAUGAUGGGAUCAUAAAAUAGUCGAGAUCAAUAGAUCGUUUUUAUCUCGUGUGCGAUAUAGUCAUGAUCCAAGUCACAUUCUCGUAAUCCACUUCUCCCCUCCCCCUUAUUAAGAUAAAAUAUUUAUUCUUGAAUACGAGAUACAUUGCGACUGGCUAGAAUCGACGGUCGACCGAAUAGAUCGCAAGCAGUACUUCCUUCAUCGUGCAUUAUUUAAUGAAUCCAUCGUAUUCGCGAUACAGGAUGUACACACUUGCGAUAGAUUUUUUAGGGAGGGACGGAAGAGAAUUAAUUCGGUCGAUCGCCGAGGGAAUAGUUCUUAAUCUCGAAGAACAAUCCGAUUUUCUCGCGGGUCUCACUCUCUCUGUUUCAUCUAAAAAACAUCGGAGCCGCUAACGCAAAAAUGUCCUGGCCCGAGAAGAUGACGCGAGGAUAUCAUUGCGUUGAUGUAUCAUCGUGGGUGUAAAUACUAGACUCAUAACUGUGUUCGUUUAUUUAUAUAGCUCAAUAAAAGCCAGAAAUUCCAUUAU